GCACGCUUCCCUGAGCACACAAAGGAAGGGAUUAGAGCCCUCUCUCUCUUCCUUUAUUCACAUUAUCCCUAGUGCCCAGCCAACCCCUGUGCAUCCUGUAACCUCACACUGCCGGCGUUUGUACAGCCUCCUGGCUGCUGUCUAUAUACCCUAUUUCCUCAUCAUCAAAAAAAAGGAAAGCCACACACUUGUCAUGAUUUAUGAAUGAACGUGACUGGCUAAUUGUGCUAGAGCUGCAAGAGGAUCCAGCUAUAUACAGUUUGAGUGUGUGUAACCCAGAGCAGUGCAGUGGAAGCGCAGGGAGAGAGGGGCUGGCCUUGCCUCGGUGCUGCUGGGGACAGAGCAUUGCUGCGACGAGCUGGACAGUACAACUGGGACGGACCGAGCACCUCUUUUGAUUCUGCAUGACUAUAGCAAAGAUGUCAUGGCAGCCCCAAUAUCGAAGCUCGAAGUACCGUCAUGUCUUUGGUAAGCCUGCAAACAAGGAGAGCUGCUAUGACUGUGUUCCUAUCACAAGAAGUGUACAAGACAACCAUUUCUGUGCUGUAAAUCCAAUCUUCAUUGCUGUAGUGACAGAAUGUGCUGGUGGCGGAGCCUUUCUUGUUAUACCUAUACAACAGUCGGGAAAACUUGAUCCUCAUCAUCCAAAGGUUUGCGGUCAUAGAGGGAAUGUGCUGGACAUCAAGUGGAACCCCUUCAAUGACUAUGUAAUAGCCUCUUGUUCUGAAGAUGCCACGGUCAAAAUUUGGGAGAUUCCAAAGCAUUUGUUAAAUAAAAAUUUAACAAAUCCUAGUAAGGAGCUGCUUGGUCACACCAGAAGAGUUGGCCUCAUUGAAUGGCAUCCAACUGCCAGUAAUAUCAUUUUCAGUACUGGCUACGAUUACAAAAUUAUGAUAUGGAAUAUUGACAAUGAUGACCCUGUAAUUUAUAGUCCAGUGAGAACAAUUGAGUGUCACAAAGAUGUGAUUCUUUCCAUGUCAUUUAACACAGAUGGUAGUCUUCUUGCCACAUCUUGCAAAGACAGGAUAAUUAGGGUCAUUGACCCUCGCCAAGGGACUGUUAUACAGGAGUCCAAUUGCAAAACUCACAAAGCCAGCAAAGUGUUGUUUCUGGGAAACAUGAAAAUGCUGCUAUCUUCAGGGACAUCCAGGUGGAAUAACAGACAAGCUGCCCUAUGGGAUCAAAAUGAUCUAUCUGUGCCUUUACAUCAAGAAGAUUUAGAUGGCUCCUCUGGGCUGAUUUUCCCAUUCUAUGACUGUGACACCAACAUGCUGUAUAUUGUGGGAAAGGGAGAUGGAAACAUCCGAUAUUAUGAAGUCUGUUCUCAGAAGCCUUAUUUGCAGUACCUUAAUGAAUUCAGAUCCAGUUUGCCUCAAAAAGGAAUUGGUGCUUUGCCAAAGAGGGGGGUCGAUGUAUCAACUUGUGAAGUCUUUAGGUUCUACAAACUAGUCACUAUAAAAAGUCUUAUCGAGCCGGUGUCAAUGAUUGUGCCUAGACGGUCAGAAUCGUACCAGGAAGACAUUUAUCCAAUGACAACAGGAACUCAGCCAGCUCUUACUGCACAUGAAUGGCUGAGUGGAAUUAACCGAGGUCCUGUUCUGGUAUCAUUAAAGCCAGGAUCAAAAUCAGCUCCAUGUCAAGUAGAAGUGACCAGGGAGGAACCUAAGUUUCCUAUAAAGGAGCCAAAACUAGUGCAUGAAGUGAAGAUGCCCACAAAGACAUUAUGGGAGAUAGAGUACAAAACAGAGAUCAUAAGAGAGGACCGGAGCAAUAAAAAAGCAUUUGAAAGGCUCCAAGACACCAAGCAAGCAAUGUCUAAUGGAUUUGACAUCUUUGAGUGUCCACCACCCAAAACUGAAAAUGAGCUGUUACAGAUGUUCUACAAGCAGCAGGAAGAAAUCCGCAGGUUACGGGACCAAAUAAAUCAAAGGGACGUUCAGAUCAAACAAUUAGAGUUGGAAAUCAAGAACAAGCGCAACAGUACAGCCAGCUAUUGACUAUCAUCUACCCACAGCCACUAGAAUGUAACAUUGAAAGAAAAAAAAGGCCUCUAUACUAUUUUUAUGUAAAAUGUAAUUUUCAGAUAUGUAGCAAUGCUACAAGGUGCACAUAAUAUUUAUCAUCUUUUAUUAUCUGUUUUAAGCUUUUUUUUAUGUUAUAUUUGAACAAACUGCAAUCAAAGGUUUUUUAAUACUAAGGGGACUAUGGCUAUAAAAUGAGGGAAUUUUCGUUUGAAAACAAACGCAUCUGCCUUAAGUGAACCAAAACCCUAUUUCUUAAGAAUGAUUAGCCUGACCUUCGCUUGCCUGUGAAAGCCCCGGAAAUUAGUGGGCCAUAAACUUGCCCGAUUGCUAAGGAGCAGCGCUUUUAAAAAGCCUGAUGGGUUUUCUGUGAUGCCUUUAUUGAUUGGAUGUCAGGAAGGAAAGAAUACAUUCAAAUCUGCACCUACUGCACGUUUCUGCAAUCACACACUCUCUGCUUCCUAGCUGGGGAGCUGCUAUUCAGAUCUACACUGUGGUCCUUGCAGUGCAUUUACUGAAUGAGCAGGGGUAUCUAUGUAAAAACAGUUAUAAACUACAGUAAUUGAUUGCUCAGUUGCAUAUGUUUUUGACCAUAUUUCAUAGAGCCUAAGUUGAGCACAUACUUUUUCUUCCAUGGUGUACACAAAGGUCGAAUACUGUUAAAAAAAAAAUUAAUUUUAGUGCAGUUUUGACACAACCCUUGUGUAAAGGACUAUAUGUAGGUCCUCACAUACAAAGACACUUCUUCAGCCUUGCAUGGUUUAACUGCAUCAAUGAAUGUGGCCAAUUUUGAAGGUGACAGUAGGAAUGAAACAUCCCUCAAGACCCAUGUAGCCCAUAUUGUCCCAGGACAUGGCUCAGAAGUGCUGGGCACAAAGAUUGUUCUAGCAGUAUCUCAGAUAGGUGAGAAAACCUAAGAAUAGCAGAGUCUUUUAUUGCCUUAAUAAGUCUGCACAUUGAAAGAGUUGUCAUACACCUAUAGUUUUUAGCAUUCCUGAUUUCGGUGGCAUUGAAUUUUAUAAAUAUUGGAGCCAAUACAGGGAGCACACGGAAAAAGUAGGGCUGUUUGUUUAACAAAGUUUGUAACUUUUUUCCUCUUCUAUAAAACCACAGCAAAUGUGUAGCCAGGCAAAACUGCAUAACCAACCUGUGCCUAUAUGGAGAGUGGAGUCAAUCCCCUAUCACAAAGCACUGUUAGCAGCUCUCCAGUAAUGAUGGAAAUAAAAUGAAAUGAUUACAGAGGUAACAAGGCGUUUGCAUAGAGAUAAGUGACUGGAGAUCCUCAUCUACAACUCCCAGCAACCCAACUGCCACUUCCUCUCUUCUCUUCUCUUUCUGUAGAACCCCCUUUUUUACAUGUAUUGUGCCUGCUGUUGUCUUUGCUUUGUACCAUAACUAGAAAUCUGCAGCUGUGUAUUUGUCUAGUCUGAUAAUGGCAAGUAGUUUUAUGCAGCUGUGAUCAGGUUCUUACUUAUGUAUACAUAUGCAGGUAGUUCUCUCUAAAGUUCUCUACCAUAGUUUUCAUUAUGGUGAGAGAGAGCCAGCAACAGGCACAGUAGUUGUAGUCCUUUAAGGAUUUUAUAGCUUGUUGGAAUACACUGCCCUCUUACAAUAACUCAGGGAACUGUAGCCUAUGCUCCUGCUGUUCCUGCAGGUUUCAAUUUGGCCAAACUGUCCUAAGAAGACCAAGCCAGAUCUUGAUGUUAAGUGGCUGGUCCUUUGUUAAACUGGUAGAGCGACAAAAGGAACAGAAAGCCAUAGAGAUGGGGGGGGGCUUCUUGAAUCCACCAGCAAAUCAGCACUAGGCAGAAGUAAAUGGCUCACUCUUUCAGUGGUUAGAUGGGUAUAAGACUAUAAGUGAUCAGGCCAGAAGGCUUGGAAUGCAUAAGAUUAUUUACCUAGUAUAAGAAAAUAAAUGUAAUAUCUUGCUUUGUACAUAAUAUAAUACUGAGCUGAUGCACUACUCUGCAACCCCUUCCCUUUUUGCACUAUGGUGAUGUAGCAGAACUACCUAGGGAUGCACCAAAUCAUAUUUUUUGGGGACUUGCCUCAAUCCCAAAGCAAAUCAGAACCCUAAAUUGCACAUGCAGACGUUAAAAUGUUUGCUAUUCAGCUAGACACUUGGAUUCGAUCAAGUUCUGCUGAAAAAAGGCUCAGAUUCAACGAAAUCCUGAUCCAAAGCCCAUAUUUAGUACAUCCCUCCAAAUAAUCAACCAAGAACUUGCACCUUUACCUUUGUGUGGUGCUGGACUGUUAAUUGUAGAUAAGGUGGUGUGGGACAAGCUCCUUGAUAAACAACUGACAUAAUGUUCGUCUAGCAGCUAGAGGCAUCUCUAAAGUAAAACUCUCUGCUGAACAGAAGUCUUAUCACUGAUGAUUGAACUCUGGUGAGGUGUUCCUCACUCAAUGUCAAUGUGCUCUAGCAUUGGUCACCAUAACCCAGUGAUCUGCCUCUGUUGCCUAUAACUUCUACUAGGAUCCCGAAGAACCACGUGGUCAGGUCACUGUGCCCAGUGUAUAUUGGAGGUUAGCGCAUGUAAGGUAAGGGCUGCCCUGCCCUGUCACUAUUUUUACUAUUAGUUAGGACCUCAAAAUCAUUUAUUCUGUAUAAUUGGAAUAAAACGUAAAUCUAAUAGACUACUAGAAUGAUGAGGAACUACAAUUCCCAGGAUCCCACUAACAGGCACAUAUAUCUUUUAGACUUCAUAAGUUUUACAAAUGGUUUUUUUUUUUUCAUCUUAUUCUUAGGUUUCGUUUGAGGGAACAUCUGAAGUAGAGAGUGCCCUACUGUAGGAUUGUAAUGCCUCUAGGCCCAACACUUACUGCUUUUCUGGAUAUUUACCACUCAGAUAGACUUAUUUCCUAAAGCAAAUGACAAAAGUGCAUGCACCACUUCUCAGAAUUCCAGCACAAUAGUGGUAGUUUGCAUUGCAGCUUAUGUGUGAUUUACCCGUUUGAUGUCAGUGCUGGAAACUUGGGCGUUAUGUGCCAAUGUGUGCAUCAGUUAUGUGUGUAGGCCCAACAUGCAAAGAGGGUCAGUUGUUAAGCCCAUGUCACUCUUACACCCUAUGGAUGACUCUACAAAGCAGCUGGAAUUAUGUACUAAAUGCCAAGUAAAAGUGACAAGGAGUGUGAAUAUCCCAAGUACCUUUGUAAAGAGCAUUUAAACUAACUUUUGCAGACUGGUAUGCCCUUGCUUGUAUAUGAGCCCUAAAGGUGUGAUCAUUCUCAGCCACAUGGCCUCCACUCUUGAGUCUUUUUGAGAGGGGUCAUGUUUGUUUCUCAUCAAGUUGUGUUCCAUCUACGUUUGGUGCUUCACUGCAUCAGAGUGACUACAAACUCAUUGAAAGCAACGGGUUGCGUUUCUUCAUGUGGGUCCCUGUGGUGGAAUGCAUGAAAGGUCCACUGCAAGGAAAAACAUGAAGAAAUGCUUGUAUGUAAGGGAACAAAUGAAUAUGGUUUCACUCCAAAGGCUCUAUUUAACUAACAUAGGUCCACUUGUUAUCCAUAGCCACCAGUCUAGUAUGUUAGGAAAAGUGGGAAGCUACCAAUAGAUGGCUUCACGUGUGAGAGCUAAAAAUGAUAUAAAAGGCCAAAACUAGGGGUAGGCAGAAGAUGCAUGUACCUCUUCUCUCAUCUGCCUACCGGAAUUGCCAUAGCUGUUUUUAUCACAACUCUGGGUGGUUGGUUGCUUAGGAAGUGGAACAUGAUACAGUAGUAACAAGGGUGUUGGGGGGGUGGCUUGACAUCGCUGGGCCCCCCUGCAAAAAAGUAAUGGGGGGCAACACACAGAGAUCACCGUGACAGAAAACUCUAGCUCCACCUCCUACCCACAGUGGGCAAUGACUUUUAAAGGUAGGAGUGGGUUUGGCUCUGUAAGUAUAUUGGCCGUUGUGUAUGAAGGUGAAUAAACAGAGGCGGCUCCCUGCAUAACCCAGUUUGCAGUGCCUUAGUAACUGUGAUUUAUAAACAGGAUAGUGUUUCCUUUAAGCAACGGUUUACAUCACCAGUGGCCGUGUACAGGUAGCAUGCAAUUAUAUCUGACAAUUAUAGAUGCCUCAUUCCAAAUAUAGCAGUGGUUCUCUUGGAAUUUUCUUGGAAUUAUGGUCGGUAUCCUGUAUGUGUGAUAAAGAUCUUUAUCCUUGUUAUGAGCUAUGAGUGGCCUAAACAAAAAUGGGACCUCCAAAGAGGGACGGAACUGAAAAAGUCCAUCAAGCACUGCUCUGUAGUAAAUUAAUAGUAAUGUGCUGCUGUGUUAUAUUGGCAGUGAUCUCGCGGUUCCUACACCCUAUAAAUUGAGUCUUGCCGGCUUCUCAUUACACCAGGCCAGAGCCACAAUGGUUGAGUAAAGAAGCAUUUCCCAAGGAAAACUGGAUGUGUUUUUAAUGAUGCAUGAUCUCUUUGCUUUACAUACAGAUAUUUUCACUUUGAGUAAUAUAUUUAAAUUAUUCGUAAUCGACAUAAAAUAAAGUGUAUUUUUUAAGAUUCAUCUCUAUUAUAUGCCUUUAUGAACGAGAUGUAACAAAAUAAAAAUGACUACAAGCCAAUUCUAACUAUGCUUACUGCUAGAAAUUACUUGAAGAGAAAUUUGUCAUUGUUUACGGCAGGUAUGUGCAACACGCGUCCCCUUCAGCUGCUGCUCAACUACACCUUCCAGUUACUGACAAAGGAACUACAACUCCCAGCAUGCAGCAGCUCUUGGCUGGGAUUUGAUAAUAAGCAACAGCUGAAGGAUCCCUGGUUGUAAAUCCCGGCUUUACUAUGUAACCUCAGAACAAAGAAAAUGUAAUUAGCACUUGACUAUUUUUGCAAUACUUCUGUAAAAGCUUUAAUUGUAACAUUUAAAAAAAAUAAUUACAUCAACCUUGGAUUUUU